CGACCUGAAGUCUGGUGGUGAAGGCUCCGUGUGUAAUCCACACACCUCCUGGGUGUGGUGUCCUGUCCUGUCAAGUGGCACCAAGACCACUUAAUGAGAGGGAGAUAAAAUGAGUCUGUGCUGCAGCCUUUUAGCUCACGCGGUAGAGAUUCAUGCAGUGGGAGUUCCGCUGCCAGAACAGACUGAACCUGCUCACUGUCCCUGCAGUACAAUGGAAUUAUUACGGGCUCUUCGGAGGAAGAGGAGACACAGAAAGAAAAAGCAGAAACGAAAAGCUUUUGGGUGCAGUGAGGAAGAGUUGGAAGAGGCUUGUGCAUCCCUAGAGACAUGCUGCCCUGUGCACCCGGAGAAGCUCCGCUUGGCUCAGCGCCUCAGGCUGGUUGACAGGAGGCUACAGGACAUGGCCAGACACCUGGAUGAAGUUCUGAUACCGCCGAGUGUGUCGACAUCUGUGAUGAGCCAGUUCUCCUAUUCCUCUAUGGAAUCCACCACCUCUCCCCUCUGGAGUCCCAGCUCCUUUUCCCUGAGAGAAGCCUCCGUGACUUGGUCAGAGCCCCUCUGCCACACAAGGGAGAUCAUGACUGUCACGAGCUGGGAAGGAUCCAUUCAUCCCAGCCAAGCCCAGCCUCUCCCCAGGCCUCCUGCCCACAGCAGACGAGACCAGCGAGAGCAGAACAUAGGUCUGGACCAGAUGUCAGCCCAUGGCUCAGACUUCAACAUCCGACAGAAGCAUCUGCAGAGCCAACUGGGGGCUCCACAAACCCCCAUUCCAGGGGAGCCAUUGCUGGGUGAGCAGGACACCAAGCAGCAAUGGGAAUUCAGCACAGAUCGGCCCAAAUGUGGAUUUCCAGCAAAGGUCCCAAAGCCCCUGAAAUCCGACACCAGGCCUCAGCAUGCACAGGAGAUCCAAGAGCCAUGUGUCUGCCCCUGGGGACCUCUGCCCCAAAAGGCCCACAGGAUUAUGGUAUCCCCUGAUGCCAUCCUGGCCAGGUUUGUGCCCAUGGCGUGGAUCAAGCUGCAGGAUCACGUGGCUCAAAAAUGCUUGGAGAUCGAAAUGAAGGCUUUUCCUAAGAUUGUGAGAGAGUCGCACAGAGAUGCUCCCCUCCUGACAGAGACUGCCCUGCCUGGGCCACUCCGCCCCCCUAGGGAGCCAGGCAAGCACAGGACAGCGGCAUUCCCAACCAUGGGACAACAGCCUGCCCACCCCGUCGAACUCCACAUAAGGCGUGAGCAUCUCAUCAUGCAGAGGGGGCUGCUCACCCUGGAUCCAGAGCCCCCGGCAAAGCUGCCUCACGCCGUCCAAGCCAGGGGAGCCAGUGUGGAGUUCAGUGAGAUGGAGACCGAUUUCCUGCAGACAGGGAGGCAAAGCACAAGCUCCUCUUCUUCCACACGUCCUCCAACGCCAGUGGAAGAUACCACCAUGGAGACGGGCAGGAAUGAUAGCGCAGCAGGAAACCAGACUAACCCAGAUCGCUGUCCUCUGCCAGCAAGGAUGGAUCUGACAUCGCCACCUCCAGGAACCACAAUAGCAGAGAAGACACUCGAAGCGACACUCCAGAUUUAUAGGAGCGAGUUGAGAAAGCCCCUUACCAGUGUGUGUGACAGCAAAGGGACUGAAGAGAAGCUGGAGCUGCACAUGGAGAGGAAGGUUCUCUUGGGAGAAGGCUCCUGCCUGGGGCCAGGGGCACAAGCAGGUGAGAGCAGGGCAGAUCUUCCCAGGACCCAAUGCCACCAGGUUGCCCCAGAGGCCCCAGGCUCUGAGCAGCUAACAAGAUCCCCCCUUGACUCUCUCAUUGCUGGGCAGGCUGCACACGACUUGCAGAUCAAGCACCUGACGGAAAUGUUGAGCAGCUCCCGCCCUUGGUGGGCCAGGUCUCAGUUUGCCAGCAGUGCCGCAAGGCACAGCCAGGAAAGAUGA